ACAGAAUAUCUCUCCAGGCGGUGUUCACAUGCUUAGAACUGACGCUUUUAACUUGGCAGUGCCGUUUAAGCAAACAAGCUCAGUCAGUUGAGCGCAAUGAUUAACAGGAAGCUGGGGAGCUGACACAGUUGACAACCUUUGGCCACGAGAAGAGGCCGGGUUUGAGGUCUUGUGGCAAUGACUCGCAGGGUGGCCCCUCGCCCUUUAGUGAUUUUAUUAUGGGGACAGGUGGGCACACUGGAAUCACAACCUUCCUGAAGCAACUUAUUUUUGUGUAGGAACGGGUUGCUGAUUAGUGGGAGACUGAGCAAAGCAAAUCCAAAGGAAUUACUUCAGAAAUGCGUCAAAGAAAGGUGGAAAUGAAACACAGCUGUAAAUGGAAGAAAGAAAAAGUACGAGAACGAUCCACUGGAAGGGCAUGAAACAGCCCAUCAGAACUGCAUGUACCGAAAGGAUGACAAUGGAUUCUGGAGAAAAUGUAAGUUAAAUAUUUAUCUCCACUCUCGUCAGCUCUCAAGAGACAUUUUACUCAUUUCCUGGUUUUGAAUAAUGGGCUCUUGGAAGCACUGUCUUUUUAGUGUGUCUCUCGUCACGGCCCUGAUUUUCGUAUUUGUUUACAAUAACAAGCUCUGGGAGAAGAAACGUCUUCUGAGGGCGUCUCUUACCAAUGCUUCGCUCUUAGCAGAAACCUGUCAUCAGAUUCUUAAGGAGAAGGUUUUUCACUUAACAGAGAAUGCGUUGAAAACUACCCUCAGUGGAUCUGCCUGUUAUGAAUACAUGGUUCAGAGUCACUAUAUAACAGAAACGCUCUCGGAGGAAGAGGCUGGGUUCCCUUUGGCUUACUCAAUGACCAUCCACAAAGAAUUUGCUACUUUCGAGAGACUCUUCAGAGCUAUUUACAUGCCCCAAAAUGUCUACUGCGUCCAUGUGGACGAAAAGGCAACAGCUGAAUUUAAAGAUGCGGUGGAGCAACUGCUGAGCUGCUUCCCAAACGCCUUUCUGGCUUCCAAGAUGGAGCCGGUUGUCUAUGGUGGGAUCUCCAGGCUCCAGGCGGACCUGAACUGCCUGAGAGACCUGGUGGCCUCCGAGGUCCCGUGGAAGUACGCCAUCAACACCUGUGGGCAAGACUUCCCCCUGAAAACCAACAAGGAAAUAGUUCAGUAUCUGAAAGGCUUCAAAGGGAAAAACAUUACCCCGGGGGUGCUGCCUCCUGAUCAUGCUAUUGGACGGACUAAGUAUGUCCACCGAGAAAUAUUAGACACAAAAAAUUCCUAUGUGCAUAAAACAGAAAAAUUGAAAACUUCCCCUCCUCACAACAUGACCAUUUACUUUGGCACUGCCUAUGUGGCCCUCACAAGGGAAUUCGCUAACUUCGUCCUCCAAGACCAGCAUGCACUUGACCUACUGUCCUGGUCCAAGGACACCUACAGUCCUGAUGAACAUUUCUGGGUGACCCUCAAUAGGAUUCCUGUUGAAAAUUGCACUUUCCAAUGCCCAGAUGACUCUGGACCCAUUCAACACGCGUUGAACACAGGCCCCGUCGAGUUGCGGGGCUGUCAUAGGAACAGGAGGCCCAAGCCCGGCACUCCUGGAGCUCACCCUCACCCUGCCUGGCCCUUUGAGACAAUGGCUUUCUGA